AGCACCCGGCUGGCGUGACAUUUUGCUUAGUUACUGCCUGACUGUGGGUUUUAAUCAUUUGGAACUAGACUAGUGGGAAAAAAUCAGUCUGCUAUCCAUUUUUAGUUGAUAAUCAUUAACUUUGAGCAUGAUGGUUUCAGCAUCAACCAACAAUGGUCCUUUCUGGAAUGGCAUCUGUGACUCAGCUAUUUAGAACCUAAUGAAGGUGAUGAUGCUAUGACAAUGUGGAGAAACCAUGACAGAAAAUGUGGUUUGUACUGGUGCUGUCAAUGCUGUAAAGGAAGUUUGGGAAAAAAGAAUAAAGAAACUGAAUGAAGACCUGAAGCGAGAGAAGCAGUUUCAACAGAAGCUAGUGCGGAUCUGGGAAGAACGAGUAUGUUUAACCAAGCUAAAAGAAAAGGUCACCAGGGAAGAUGGAAGAGUCAUUUUGAAGAUAGAGAAAGAAGAGUGGCAGACUCUUCCUUCUUCUUUACUGAAACUGAAUCAGCUUCAGGAAUGGCAACUACACAGAACUGGUUUGUUGAAAAUUCCCGAAUUCAUUGGAAGAUUCCAGAACCUCAUUGUAUUAGAUUUAUCUCGAAACAGUAUUUCAGAGAUACCUCCAGGAAUUGGACUGCUCACUAGACUUCAGGAACUAAUUCUUAGCUACAACAAAAUCCAGACUGUCCCCAGGGAGCUAAGUAAUUGUGCCAGCUUGGAGAAAUUAGAACUCGCUGUUAACCGAGACAUAUGUGAUCUUCCACAAGAGCUGAGCAAUCUCUUAAAACUUACUCACCUUGAUUUGAGUAUGAACCACUUUACUACAAUCCCUCUUGCUGUGUUGAACAUGCCUGCCCUUGAGUGGCUGGACAUGGGAAGCAACAGACUUGAACAACUUCCUGAUACUAUAGAAAGAAUGCAGAGUCUGCAUACAUUAUGGCUACAACGGAAUGAAAUAACAUGCUUACCACAAACAAUCAGCAAUAUGAAAAAUCUGGGUACUCUUGUUCUGAGCAACAAUAAACUGAAAGAUAUUCCAGUGUACAUGGAGCAAAUGGCAAAUCUGAGGUUUGUCAACUUUAGAGACAACCCACUGGAAUUAGAAGUAACAAUUCCGCUCAGUGAAAGUACAGAUGAAGAGGAGGAACAGGAAUUAUUUGGCCUUCAGUUUAUGCACAUAUACAUACAGGAGUCCCGGAGAAGAGCAGAUGACCAAGUCAAGUGUUCAGCUACUUUACCAACCUGUAUAAAUACUGAUGGAUAAUAUAAUUCAAAAUGCCCUGCUGAAGAAGAUUUUUCAGAAUUUGGUGAAUACUUGGAUUUCUCAAGUAAAAAGCAAAGCUACUACCACAGAUGAAUGAGGCCAUAGUAUUUUUAAAGAUAUGUUUUCAAAUUACAUUUUUGUGAAUAUAAAAAUAUAAUUUAAAAAGGUAUUUUUGGUGGAAGACGGUUGAUAUUCAAAUUUCUUUUCCAUUAAGUGGUUGUUUCUGGCAAUGAAGAAUGAAUUGGUAAAGCAGUUAACAAUACAUUUUCCAAAGACACCAAAGGGUCUGUAUAGUACUGUAAAGCAGGAUUAAAUCCUUUCUGUUCUAAAUAUUGGAUUCGGCCUUGAUCAAUCAGCAGUUUACAAAGACGUCCUAUUUUCUUCUUUUCUUCAACAGUAAGAAGCCUAAAUUGAAUAAACAUAAAAAAAAUUAGGGCUUAUAAAAUUAUUUUAGUUACAUUUAUUAAAAAGCUGUUAAAUAUGCCAUGUCCCAUGCUUCUAAGACAUGUUUUAGAAUCAAAAUAAAAAUAUAUUCUAACUUACUUUAAAAUUACAUUGAAAAAUAAUGCACUUAUGAAUAAAUUGUUACAAUGGUCAUCAAAAAAAAA